AUGGUAAUGGCCCCAGCUCUCCAGGCCCUGGUGGUCUGCGCGCGCCGCGGCGACUUGGCACAGCUGUCGAACCACGCCAUGCUGCGUCAGAAGGUACUCACAUUGGAGGAACAGAUGCCCUCCGAGGAGCAAGAGGAGAUCCUGGGGCUCUUCAAGUCAUUACCCGGGCAGAUUUUGCUCACCACGGACCAGGCCUUGGCUCAGGCAGAGCUGCCAGCGGUUCAGCUGGUAGUGCAUAUGAUGGUUCCUCCCAGCGAUGUCUAUCUGCAGCGCCUCAGCUGUUUGUCUUCUCGGCAACGUGAGGGCAACCCACCGAGCUCGCUGCUUUUGUAUGCGGGACACCAGCAGCAACGCCUACGGGAUUUGGAGGGUGCAAAGUGGAAUGUCCACGCUCUUUGUGCUUCAAAACCAUGUGAGCUGGCAAGAAAUCCUUUAAAGACUUCCAGGCGCGAGUUGGGCCUUCGCCUCUCUGCCGUCCCGAAGCCCAGCGACGAGGAGCUGCGCAGGGCCGUGCUCUCAGCGCUGGCGAAGGAGCUGAUGCUGGCGACGCAGCAGUACGACUCCCUGGCCUUUAAGGCCGAUGCUGAGCAGCAACUGGACGUGCAUGGCCCGCGGCUGCUGGCUGCGGCACUGGUGUUACUGGAGCGUCGCCGCCGUGGCGAGGAGUGGCUGUCGCCUUUGUCGGGUCGGCCGAGGUACACCCCACUGCUCUUGGCUGAUCCGCAUCUGGAGAAGUUGCGCAGCCGGCAGAACGUCGUGUCGGCCCUGCAGCGUGUCCUGAAGGGUCGCUUAAACAACGACCGUGUCGUGACCCAAGCGCAGAUUGGCCGAAUUGAGCUCAGCGAGAAAGGUUGGUUGGUGGACGUGCCUCGGGCUCUUGUGCCGCUGCUUCUCGAGGAUCGGCAGAUGAAGGCGCGUGGCAUUCCCGUGCUGCCGGUGAGCGACGUCCCUGACAUCUUGGAAGAUCAGAGCCAUCUGCGGCAGAAGGUCAGGGUAACGCGCAGGCGCCGAAGGGCGUUGCAGGGCAAUUUAGCUCAGCGGAGACAUCAGGAACGACAAGAGUUUCUCUAUCCCUCUGGGCGCCGGUCCCUCUUCGGUCCUUUUUUUCAGGCGGGGAGCAAAGGCAAGUCUCCAGCCGCGGCGGCACUGAGCACGUUGAGCGGUUUCGUCAAAGUGGGGGAUGGGGAUCAGAUGCGUCGGGCUCUGUCGGUGCUGGGCCGCUUGGCAGAGGCCAUGGCCACCAAUGGUGAGGAGGAUAGUGCGAAGUGGCUCUAUGUGAGGAACCUCCCUGAGGAUGCGAAGAGUGCUGGAGCCAAGAAACGCCUGGCGGAAACGCAGGUUACAUCUGGUUCAAGCAGUUCCAUCUACACGGCGAAGUCGUCCGGGCGUCUUUCUUUGGCUGGAAGAAGGGCCAAGAACGUCCGCCUGCCGGGCCGGGUGAAGAUCCCGAAAACGUGCAGCACCAAAUGGGAAGCCAUCUCCUUAAAGAAGGAGCUUGAUGGCAAGGAUCUUGGGGCGGAUGCUCCUCUGAUCGUGAAGACCAUCACGAGUAAGGAGAAGGAUGAGCUGGUUUCCAAGCAGAAUGAGAAGGGCGAGGGCGCAGAAGAUUCCGAAAAAGUGGAGAAGGAGUCCAAGGACAAAGAUAAAAGCAGAAGUGGCAAGCGCAGUCGAAAACGCUCGCGCAGCCGCAAGCGAAGUCGCAGCGGCAGCAAGCGGAAGCGUAGCCGCAGCAGCCGAAAGAAGCGGAGUCGCAGCCGCAGCAAGCGGAAGCGCAGCCGAAGUCGAAGCACUCGACGAAGGAGGAGCCGAAGGCGUUCCCGCAGCGGAAAGCGGAAGGACAGCAGUAGCCGCCGCCGCAAACGCAGCAAGAGCCGUGGAAGACGGCGGCGGAGCAGUAGCGGCAGUCGAAGUCGUGGACGGAAGGACCGAAAGAAAAAGAAGAGCCGCAGCAGCAGCCGCAGCAAGAGUCGGGGCCGUCGGCGGCGCGACAGCAGCGGCAGCCGCAAGAAAGAUAAGGAGAAAGACAAGGAGAAGGAGAAGGAGAAAGAUAAGAAGAAAAAGAAGAAGUCCAAGUCAAGCAGCGAGAGUAGCAGUUCUGAAGAGGACAAGAAGAAGAAAAAGAAGGAUGACAGUGACGACGACAAGGACGAUUCAGAAGAUGAAAAGGAAGACAAGGAGGACUCGAAAUCCGACGAAGUCGAGGAGGUCAAGCCUCAGGACGUUGCUCAAAAGCAAGAGGAGGAAUUCCGGAAGAAAGCGGCUAAGGCGGCGGAAGAGGCUAGGGAGGUGGAAGAGGCCCAAAAGGCGGCGGUGCAGAAGGCGCAGCAGGAGGCCGCGAGGCAAGAAAAGCGAGAAGCACUGAAGAAGGCGGCCUCAGAGGCUUCCAGCGCCGCAAAAGUGGCACAGAGCGAAGCCGAGGAAGCAGCGGCGGCGGCCAAAUCCAAGAAGGAGGAGGCGGAUCAGGCUGAAAAGACCUCGAACUCCAAGAGCUCCAAGGCCAAGGACCUUGAAGAGAAAGCCAAGGCAAAAGAAGAAGAAGCCAAGCGAGCAGCCAAGGAGGCCGCGGAUGCCAAGAGUGAGGCCUCGAAGGCGCGUGACGCCGCUGAGGUGAAGGACUCGGAAUACCAGGAGGCCGCCUCCGCACAUCGCAUGAAGCUACAAGCGGCGGAGAAGGCGGGCGCUGUCCACCUUCGAAGUGGAACAUGGUUUUGUGCAGGCUGA